AUGUUAUCUGAAACAAAAUACCAAAGUUCUGAUCAAAUAAAGGAACAAAUAAAAAAAGAAAUGAUCAGAAUUGGUGUACAUUUUGAAUUCUGGCAAAGUACAGAUUCAAGGAGUUGGAAUUAUACCAGUCUUAUGGGUGGAGAUAAAUUAAAAGUUCUAAAAAAUUAUAAUUUGGAAAGUGUUUUACCUGAAAAUAGAGCAACAACAAAUCCAAUUGUUUUCAAAAGACUAUAUACAAAUAAUGAUGGGACUCCUUAUAUCUAUGUGUUGGUUCAUCAUAUGUAUGAUAUUUAUGGUGAUUCACCAUGA